UCUGCCUUGUGGUGGUUUGUACACCAAUAUAUUUAAUGAUUUUCCUGAUCGUGCUUUACUUGGAACAUUUACUCCUUUUGGUCAUGGUAGUGUUUGCUUUCCUAACAGCAACCUAGCAAUGAUGUUUAAUCAGGAAGGAGGCAUGAUGACUAAUAAAGAUGGAGAAAUACUACGCCAGUGGAAAUGGCCGGGAGCAGGAAAGCUUGAUAACCCAGUUAUUAUAGAGGUAAACAAAUGCAUCACUGUGAGGAUUUCGGGACGCUUUGCUGUUUGUUUGGUUUACAAGUAUAAUCAUGAAAGCGUGCGGUUGUCUUUGUCACCAGUUCGAGGUGUGGCUGUUCCACAGUUAGAACAAUUGGGUCAGAUACUCACUGAAGUUAAACUGUCAUCUAAAUCAAUCAAGGGAUUUUCUAGAAUGCACAGCCAAAUAUUAAAGGAGGAGGAAGAACACAAACCUCUAAACACAGAAGAGACUCAGAUACCUGGGAUUCCAGCAGGGGAGCUAAGCCAUAUCAAAGACGUGAGUGCUACGAGAGAAUUAAGAAAGAUAAGGCGGAAAAUCAAGAAUAUCCUGGAAGACUGGAUGGAAUAUUACCGGAGAGCUUUUGGAAUCAGCUCACCUCAUAUACAAAAGCCCUCAACCUUCCCUCAGAGAGGGAGACGGCGCAAUAUGCAGCUUGCUGGUGCUCCCCUAGAUCUUCGAAUAAAACAGGGAGAAGAGAAGAGCAAUAGCAGUGAGGCCCCCGUGAUGGACAAUUCUCUUCCUUUCCCGUCUGCUCCAGGCCGCAUCCACCUAACACACGAUGUGUCAUCUGGUUCUUGCAGUUCCCCAUUUAUCAAGCACCAUUUUCAAAACAAAUCAGCCAUUCAUGACUUUCUUCAGUUUAAAUAAAGACAAACCCCAAAUCUCUCUCAAAACAAGUGAAAAGGCAUGCUGUAGAUCUCACACUGCCUGUCCUGUAGUCCUCCGAAGAACAAUGCUGGGAGGUGAAGUGAAGACUUGCAGAUGCAGCAACCAUCAGAUUCCAUAUAUUACAGACCUGGAGUACAAUAGCCUGAUUAACAACCAGGUAUCUUCCCCAGAGCAAAUCACAGUGGUCUGUGUGACUGCUUCACUGAGAGCAACCGACUAUGACGCUAGCACGGAUGAGCACCUAGAGCAGCUCUAUGAGAGAAAGAACAAGAACAGGAGUAUGCCUUGCACACAGGGCUGCUUGGACUCUUUUCGCCUGCUCAGAUAUGACAUCAACUCUGCAGAUGAGUUCACAGACCAUUGUGGUUCAUUACUGGUGAAAAGGCAUAAUAUUGCUCCUGGCAUGUUUUUGAUGUACAUUCAAGGAAAGCUGCUCUUUGCCAACUACAUUUUCAAUGGAUACAGCAAAUCAGUAAAAGACCUUCAAAAACAAAUUGCUCUAACCAGGAACAACUUCAAUAGGGGCUACUAUUUGCCUACCGAUUAUAGAUUCAGUUACCCUGAACAAACGCAAGCAAGCAUUUCAGAAGAUAUUGUGAGUGAAGUGCUUUGAGCAGUUAGAAAAGUGUUCAAAAUACUAUUUCCACUGGCAGGUAGUUCGUGCUUGUUAUCGGACACCAUGAGCACCUUCAAGUUUUGAUAUCCUUUCUUUUCAAGAUGGUUCCAAGCACAGGCAUUAUGGAGGAGCAAUUCAAAACAAGAAAUGUCUAGCAGAACCAAACUUUGCUUUGGGGGACUUACCCCUUGUUCUACCUUUUCCAAAAUAAAAUUCAAGGCAUGGGGCAGGAGCAGCCAAGUGCCUGGGAUCAGACAGUGGAUAAUCAUAGGACCAUUGGCCGGUUUAGAACAAAUUGCUCAGGAGAGUUUAGUAUUUCUGUAGUGACUACUGGUGUCAGAACUGGCAAAUACUCCCAAAACUGAUGCAGGUCUGAGUUAAAUUCUUCAGAGCCUGUUGUUUUGGGUAAAGUGUCUAAACACAAUUUUGUACUAUUACCUUGCCUUUGUGAGCAGGGUUAGAAUAAUACACCUGCAGAGCAGGCACAUCAUGACCGUGUGUCCAUAGUUGGAAUUACUACCAAUCUGAAUUGGUUACGAUCCUUAAGGACCAGUGCACACCUGAAUUGACUGAGAAUCUCCCUCCACAAAAUGCCCCCAAUAGCCCUCCUGCCAUUCUUUAAAAUUCUCUCAACUUCAAAAUGGAUUUGCAGAUUUUGCACAAGAGCUUUUAAAAAGAGGAUAUGGCACUAAUAUUUGCAUUUUUUCAAGAUUUUGCAAGAUUUUUUAUUUUCUCAAGACUUUUGAACUCAAGAAUUUAAAGUGCAGUAUGGGAGCUCCAUGGGGCAUUUCCCACUUUAGGGUGCACAUUAGAGGGGGGAAAUGGAUGUUUGGAGGGAAGUUGAAAAAACUUAUGAACUUGAGGCAUGCUAGUAUUUAAGGUAUUAUUUACUAGGAUAAAGUGAGAUAUGAAUAAAAAUGGGUUUAGGAUAGCUAAUUUUGUUUACAGUUAUUCUGGUUAUAUACAAUUGAAGAAUUUUAUUUUAUUGUCACUCUUUACUGAAUAUCCAUAUGCAUUGCUACACCUGAAUUAAUUAUAGGUUAUUUUCUUUUCUAAAAGAGUAGGAUUAUGCAUGGUACUGCUACAGUAAGCCCACAUAAUAGAAUUUCCCUUUUGUUUACAUGUUGAUGGCUUCAAUUUUCGACUUGAUUUUAUUUCUAUAUCCCAACGGGCAAAAUCUAAUUUUAGUACAAUUCUAAGAAUGUCUACU